CAAAAAAAAAAUAAAAUAAAAAAAAAUCUUUGUUUUAAAAAUUUGAAUCCUUUUUUGGGCAAUAAAAAAGGAUUAACUUUACUUGAGGCGGCAUAAGAUGAUAAGUAUUUGGUAUAAUAGUGAAAAUCGUGAUUGGGUUCGUAUUGCCGGCCGAUAGUACCCAUUACACCCUGUCAAAGGGUUGAGACAUACAUCACUACGUAAGCCGUCAUUUUCGAACAUAAGCAAUAGCAGUAACAUCAACUCUUGUCCAGCACCACCACCCACACCACACUGUGUUUGCAACACUAACAUCGCUACAGCAACAACACCAUUAGCACUAGCAGCCGGCACAGGAGCAGCAGCAGCAUUAACAGCCGGUGCUACAACAACAGACUUUUCGAAUCCAGUAUCAUCGACAUCAGGUCUAUCAUUAACGAAUUCCCACAUUAAUCAACACCAAAUAAAUUACUUUGAAUUUCCCCCGAAAGCAUCAUUGCUAGUCCAAUCCCCCCUAUCGUCAUUAUCCGCACCAUCGCUGGCCACAACAACAGCCGUUGCCCUAGCAGCUGCUUCAGCUUCAAACACAAGUACCGGUCCCUGUGCUAACACAUCAUUUGCCGCUGGUGCAACAGGCUGUGUGUCUGCUAAUAAUUCACCUAAAAGUAUUUAUCAUUAUCAACACCACUCACACACACAACAUACACAUUUGCAACAGCAACAUCCACAUCAACAACGACAACAACAACAUUAUCAUCAUCAACAUCGUCAGCUACAGCAACAAGAGCUGCAACAUCAAUUGCAUUAUAUAUCACCACCGUUACAAUCGCCGCCAUCUCCACUGCAACUCCAACUACCGUCAGCACCAGCCACACCCUCAUCACAGCCAACAUCUCAUACAAUUGCCAUGGGCCGUAGAGAGAUUAAACGUUCAAACACUAGUGGCUCAACCACCAAAUCCUACGAUAGCGGCAGUGCUACAACAAAUUUUGUGGGAAAAUUUACCCAAAGUGUUCGACGCAUUGUGCAAGAUGUCAAAGAUGAGGGAGCACCAAGUGGUAUGAGCCGCGAGGAAGUCAUUGAAACAAAUGAAAGACUUCGAAAUUUACGCAUACGUUUGGAAGAGUCCUAUGACACAGCCAAACAGGCUUUAAUCAAUCUCAUGAAUAAAUAUGGAGAUUCGAAAAGUCAACGUAAUAUUUUCCAGCGUUAUCCCAUGCUCAAGUUAAUGAUAAAGGAUGUCAUACGCCUGGAAACACAAUAUUGGGCUUUAGUUGAUAUACCUCGCCAGGAAAAACAAGAAACAGUGCCCUCUUAUGUCAUGCGUGCUUGUUCUAUUAUGGAAAAAACUCAAAAAUCUGGAGAGGGCGUAAAGACCUCAGCGAAAUUGGCCGAGGAGGCAGCCGAGAAACGAGAACGCAUGGAAAGAUUGGAACAUUUAACUACCGCACAAAUCGAACUAGAAAACACUCAACUAAUUAACGAUUUAUAUAGAUUAUUAAAAAAAUAUUUAGGCCUAAGACAUCUCAUAAGAGUUCUAAAGGAAGAAUAUGGCAGUUCAAAAUUAUAUCCCAUAUUUCCACGUUACACCAUGCUCAAGGACAUGAUAAAGGGCAUAAUGCAUGAUCCUGAUUAUAUGGAAGUAUGUCAUGAAAUAAACAAUUGAAAUAACAAAUACUAAAGUGUGUAGUCAAGAUUUAGCUAAAGAUAAAAUAUAAAAAAAUUAAA